AUGCAAGAAGGGUCGAGCUCGUCCGUAAGUCUUCCGAACAACGGCGUACCGGCUUUAAUCUCCGUUGAAACCACACCGACCUCCAGUGAGCCGUUACCCGCUUCCUCCUCCCCGUCAGUUGCGGAGCCUCCCGCGCCUGACAACGCUGCCGCGCGCGCAGAUGUGCCUGCGCCCGAUCGCGCAACGAAGGUUGCUGCGCCUGCGCUACCGGCCGCUCUUCCAGACGAGGCGGCGGACCAGGCUCCGUCGGUCGGUACGCCGAAAGACGCACUCUCCGCGGCGGCGGUGGGGGGGGGCGCUGGCGGAAAGGGGAAGAUGGCGCGGUGGCGGGGGAAGAAAGAGAUCGUGGUCGGGCGGCAGGCGGUGCGGCGCCCGCGGGUAGGCGGCGGACAUAGCGGCACGUGGGACGUUACUCAGGGUGCACCGGGGAAGGACCCCCACCACCAGCAGCAGCCGACUAUGCAGUUCACUUACCGCUUUAACGUCGGGAAGAAAUUAGGAGAGGGAGGCUACGGGCUCGUCGAGACGUGUAACGACACGACGGGAGAGCUUGGCGCGGGGCCGCUAGCCGUUAAAACCAUUUCCAAGGAGGCGCUUUACGCGGACUGUCAGCGGCUCGAGGACUUCGAGGCGCGCCGCAUCGCGUUGGCGCGCGAGGUGGACGUAAUGAAUCGCGUGCGCGGGCACGAGCACGUGGUGCAAGUUAAAAAGCUAGUGGAGGGCGUCGCGUUCUGCCACCGGCGGCGCGUGCUGCACCGCGACGUGAAACUGGAAAACGCACUCCUCGCGCUGCCCACGGGGCGGCGGUCCGAGGCGGACGACCUGGAGGCGGAACUGCGCAUGGUCUCUGCGGACAUGGCGCACGCGGUGGACGACGCCGCGGCGGGCGGAGCGGGGGGGGCGGGUGGGAAUGGGGGGGUGCAAGGAGACGAGGGGGUGCGGUCAGCAGGGAGCACAACGCCGACAGGAGCUAGUCCGCACCAGCGCCACCACCACCACCACCACUUUAAUCUCUUCAGUAUCCUUCCCCAGGGCGCGCGGUCCCCCGCGCUCAAAUCCCCCGCUUGUGACAAGUCCCCUAGGCUAAACUCUCCUGAUAACGUUCCACCUCCUGCUGCUGCUGCUGCAGGCGCGUUCGCACGCUCCGCGUCUGCGCCAGGUCCCCCGCCUAAAUCCCCCAUCAACGCGCGCCCGCCGCGCUCCCCGCGCCUCGCCGCGCCCAUCCCGCCGUCCCCCUCGGAGUCCGCCGCGCCCUCUCCCGCCGCGAUCGCCGCCGCCGUGUCCGCCGGGUCGUCCGCCGUCUCCCUUGGCCUUGUGGUGAAGCUAGCCGAUUUCGGAUUCGCUAUGGUGCUUCGGGACGGGGAAACAGCCUCGGGAACAUGUGGCACUCCUGGUUACAUGGCGCCUGAGUUAGUAUCUGAAGAGAAAUAUUCUUUCCCUGUGGAUAUCUGGAGCCUAGGGGUUGUCCUACACGCGUUACUUUUCGGCGAGUUACCGCAUUACCGCGAGCCGCGCGACGUGGUUACCGAGGGGGUGCCACGCCCGUCUGCCCGGAAAUGGAAAGUAAUUUCGGAAGCUGCCCAUGAGCUGCACCAAUCAAUUCUCCAGCUGGACCCGUCCAAGCGGCCGACAGCAGCGGAGAUUUUGAAACACCCGUGGUUUGAGCAGGCUGAAGCUGCUCUGAUGGCAGGUGAAGGGGCAGAGGCUGGGGGGGGAGCAGCGGGGGACAGAGACGGGGCAAUUGUUGCCAAGAGCGGGCGAAUGAAGAGUGCGAGAGCAGCGAGCGGGAGGGUGAAAUCUGGACGGAAUAUGGACUUUCUGGGGAUGAAGGCGGGUGGGGGAAAGGAGGGCGCAGGAGGGGGGGGAGGAGGAGCCGAGGGGGACGACAAGGGUCCGAUUUCUUCCCCUCCUGCCUCUCCGCGUGUGGUGGUGCUUAGGCUGAAGCUAGGGGCCAGGAACCUGGCUCUUAGGUUUAAAUACGGUUUUAUUCCCACUUCAGGUCCUCCUAAGAAGCAUGGCCAGACAGAGGAAGAUGAGGAGGGGAAAGGAGGGAAGGAGGAUAAGGGGAUUGUGGCGUGA